CCUUAAAUGGCUUCUAUAUAAUUAGCUUAGAGGGCAUUUCGACCCGGCCCCGAUGCAAAAACGACGCUUUUAUAGUAAUUAGUCUACCUUCUCGGAAUCGAGUGUGUAAUUGAUAUGAGAAGUUAAAAGUUAGUACCUACAUACUUUGGAUUUUUAAUCAGAAAACUACAAAGUUUUUCUGAGAUAGCCACUAAAAUUUCGUCGCAAUUCUUAAAUUUAAAUUCAUCAAAAUGAAGGUAUUAGACAAUGUACCUGAUCCUGGUGACCGAUACACUUUAGGAGAUCUUAUAGGACAAGGUGUUUUUGGGAGAGUAUAUGCAGCCGUUGAUACUCAAGCCCCUGAAAAGAAAAUUGCCAUUAAAAUUCAGAGCUACGAAAAAGAAAAUCAAAUUUACGUCGAAGAAGAGUACGAAAUCCUAAAGGAAUUGGGCAAUUGCGUUUAUUUGAUAUCGUUUUAUGGCGUUUACAUGAAGGAUAAUCAAAUUUGGUUCGUUCUAGAGCGAUGCGAAGGAAACACUGCAUUGAAUUUAGUACAAGGAUUGCUGCUAAAAAACAGACGAAUGACUGAGGAACAUAUUGCUUAUAUUUUAAAGGAAGUUGUAAAGGGUAUAGUCUACCUCCACGAAAACAACAUCAUUCAUCGUGACAUAAAAGCCAGCAACAUUUUGCUAACAAAAGAAGGCGAAAUAAGACUAUGCGAUUUUGGUCUGUCAAAAAAAUUGAAACAUCACGAUGAAAAGCUCUACGAAAGUGCAGGAUCUCCAUGCUGGAUGGCCCCUGAAGUUGUUAACGCCAACGAAAAAGACCCUGAAAAUUGUUCUUACGAUAAUAGAGUCGAUGUUUGGAGCUUAGGUAUAACUGCCAUGGAGCUGGCAGAAGGCAAAGCACCAUUUCAGGACAUGCACCCAUCUAGAGCACUGUUUCAGAUUGUUAAAAACCCACCGCCAAGAUUGGAGAAGAUUUCCAGUUGGACUGAGAAUUUUCAUGAUUUUAUUAGCGAAUGUUUGGUAAAGUAUUAUGAAGAAAGACCUUACAUAAUGGAGGUUAUCGAUCAUCCAUUUUUACAAGAAAUUCCAGAAAAUAAUUAUCAUCUGAGCUUGGAAAUCAAAUCUCUUCUGGAGGAGGUUUCAAAAUAUAAAAUUAAAACAAAACCACAAGAAAUGGUAAUUAUUGAAAAAUUUCUAAAGACCACCAUAGAUGGAAAAUUCGAAAGAAUAGUCGAAGAAGAUCUGGUAGAUUUGCCACGUGUAAGUGAAAAAAUGAUUUUAUCUUUGUUGGAAGAACGUUUUAAACGUAAACAAUUUUAUACGUUUGUUGGAGAUAUUUUACUGAGCAUUAAUCCUAACGAACGACUAGAGAUAUUUGGUACACAAUAUCAUCAAAAAUAUAUGCAAAAAUCUAGAUCCGAUAAUGCACCACAUAUCUAUGCCAUUGCUGACGCUGCUUAUCAAAAUGCGUUACAUCAUAAAAUACCUCAACAAAUUGUACUUACAGGCGAGUCCGCUUCCGGUAAAACCACAAACUAUCUUCACAUUAUCGACCAUUUAUUUUUCCUUGGAGAACAGCAUCCAGUCAGCGUAUUUAGAAUCAAAAAUGGUAUUAAACUGAUCCACGCUUUGACUCACGCCAGUACACCAACAAAUGCAUAUUCUACCAGAUGUGUCUUGAAAACUAGCCUUUCUUUUGGGCAGACUGGAAAACUGACAGCGGCCACAUUUAAGAGUUUGUGUUUGGAGAAAUGGAGAAUUUCAGCAGUUGACAUGAACCAAUGCAAUUUUCAUAUCCUCUACUAUAUUUACGAUGGUCUGGUCCAUACAGACGCAACUCAAAAAUACCGACUUCAUAAUAACAGAAAUUACAGAUAUUUGCGAAUACCCACAGAAGAAAAUGUCGAGGAUUGCAACAGGCCUAGAGAUAAUAUUGAACAGAACAUCAUCAAAUAUAAAAAAAUAUUCAGUUAUCUCGAGGAGUUUGAAUUCACCGAAGAACAAAUAACUACGUUCUUUUCAGUAAUUGCUGCUAUAUUGAAUCUGGGCGAAAUAAGAUUCCAAGAAGAUGAUGAUGACGGUUCUGCCUUCAUCAAAAACAAAGAAUAUUUGGAAAGUUUUGCAGAUUUAAUGGAAGUAGAUGAAAGGAAGUUUACUUGGGCCUUAACCAAUUAUUGCUUGGUAACAAAAGGAAAUGUGAUAAGAAAGAAAAACUCUUGUGACGAAGCUAGAGAUACUCGGGACGUUUUAGCUAAUAACUUAUACUCAAGAUUUGUUGAUUUUGUAGUUGGAAUGAUAAAUAACAAACUGGAAAUUGGAAAAGCGAUUUUCGGUGACAAGUAUUCAAUAAACCUUCUGGAUUAUUUCGGUUUCGAAUGUUUCAAGCAAAACCAUUUUCCUCAGUUUUUAAUCAACUGUUUUAACGAACAACUUCAAUACCAUUAUUUACAAAGAAUUUUCUCGUGGGAGAUUCAAGAUUUGAAGAUGGAAGAAGUGGAAUUUGAACCGUUUAAUUAUUUUGACAAUAGAAAGACUUUGAACCAAUUGUUGAGCAAACCAGAAGGCUUGUUGAGCAUUAUCGAUGAUGCUGCUAAAAAGAAUUUGGGUGGUCGGUAUGUGGUUGACAAUCUCCAAAGUCAAGAGAGCAACAGAAUAAUGAUUACCAGCGCCACCGAAUUUUCUGUAGCUCAUUACACAGGAAUAGUGCCAUAUAACGCGAAAGAAAUGCCAAAUAAAAACAGAGAUUUCCUUCCUCCGGAAAUAAUCGAAACUAUGCGAGAAUCUGAUAAUCCCAUAAUCAGGAUGCUCUUUGUCAAUAAAUUGGACAGAACUGGUGGUUUGCUGCUGAAUCUCAAUAGAGGACGAAGAAAUGUUCUAAAUUCAAAUAUUAGGGGUGGCGCAGUUAUAUCAAGCAAGAAGAUUGCAGGUGUUCAUGAAUUCUCCCAAAUCAAAAACAUGCGAACCACAGGUACUAUUUUCCGUUGCCUCUGUCUUGAAUUGUUAAAAGAGCUCUCUAUUGGUGGUAGCUCAGGAGGAACGCACUUUAUAAGGUGCAUCAGAUCAGAUUUGAAAGGAAGAGUUGAACAUUUCAAUAAGGAACUAGUGAAACAACAGCUACGAGCUUUGGCUGUAAUCGAAACGGCUAGAGUGAGGCAAAAAGGGUUUCCUCAAAGGGUAACUUUCUCAGAAUUUUUACGCAGAUAUCAAUUUUUGGCUUUCGAUUUCGAUGAAAAUGUGGAAGUGACCAAAGAAAAUUGUCGUUUGCUGUUAAUCAGGCUUAAAAUGGAAGGUUGGGCUAUAGGAAAAUCUCAAGUUUUCCUCAAGUAUUAUAAUGAGGAAUAUUUGUCAAGGCUUUAUGAGACACAAGUCAGAAAAAUUGUUAAGAUUCAGAGUAUUUUGAGAGGAUUUUUGGCGAAAUGUAAAAUUAACAAACAGAUUAAGGAACAACAAAAAAAUUCCAUCAACGAAAUUCAAAAAAGACGCAGAAGUAGCGCCGCAUUGACGGAAGAUGAUGCGGCUACAGUUAUCCAAAAAGCUUACAGAAAAAAUACAAGAAAAAUUAGGGGCCAGUCAGAAGACAUAUUCGAACCGUUAGAAGAUAAAGACAAGCAGUUUAUUAUACCUUUUGCUAAGAAAUGGAAAAGUCAUAGCCUUUUCCAUGUGCUUAUGCAAUAUAGAGCGGCUAAGUUAUACGAAUUCUUCAACUUUUCUCAACAGGUGCACUUUUAUAAUCAAAAAACAUUCUUUCAAAGUCAAAAAGUACAAAAAGCAACCGAUUUGGAAAGAGUGGACAAAAAAGCUCAAGCGGUUGGUUGGUUAGGAUCAGUGCCUCCCAUAAUAAGAAAAAUGAAUUUUAGAUUAGAUGAUAUACCUUUUUAUGAUACUUCGGCUCUGUGCGAUUUAUUAACCAACGUUGGGAAUGGAGUAGGUAAUGAACGUUGGGAUUCUCCAUAUAGAUGGCGCCAAGAAGAAGCAGCGGAUUAUGCAAUGCAAACAUCUGAUAAAGCCGACAUUAUUUCAAUUCCUUAUGGCAGAGACCCUGAAGUGCCUUUGGCUGCACUGCCAUCCUGUUCUGGAGACGAAAAACACAGCAAAAACCAGGAAAAUUAUUUGGUUAAGAAAAAUGCAGUGCAUUCCAGGGAUAUUCAGAAUCGAAACAAUUUCAAGGAAAAACAAGAAAUAAUGCCUUCGGUUCAUUUGAAGAAAACUCCAUGCCUGGAAAACAAACACAGAUUUGGACAUCAACAAGAGAGCUCUUUUAAUUCAACACCUGCAAAUAAGGACUUUGAGUUUAUUAAGUCUAGCAACUUAACUUCAAGGCCUAAGAAUGCUGAUCCUAUAGCGGAGUUACGAAACAUAGCUCAAAGACGGGAUAGUACAUCCGAAGACGAGCCGCCUUUCAAUUUUCAAGGCAUGUUACGUAAAACCAACUUCAAAAGAGAAUCAAUGAAGGGAAACGUGCGUAAAGAUUCCAUAAAAAAUUCAGCUGCUUUUGAGGCCGUGAGGCGAUUUUCUUUGACAAGCAAAGAGGAUCAUAAUAUGAGAAAUGUUGAUGAAGACAAAAUCAUGGUGAUCAACUCUAGACCGGUUUAUAUGGAAUUGGUGCCUGGAUUGAUUUUGGAAGGAGUUGAAGUUGAUCUAUAAAUAUUUUAGCAUUUAUAUUUAUUUAUCAUUAAAUUUAUGUUUAUACUAAACAUAAUUUUUUUUGAAAGUAUUUCUUCUUUGACUGUCCCUUCAAUGAAUAAAGCAAUAUAAAAUAAAUUAUAUUAAGUGAACUUUAAAUUUACCUAUUUACUGAUGUUGUUAUUGUUCUUAAAUUUUAACAAUAUACCUAUUUUAAACUUG